UCCCGCUAUUUCAGAACUCUGGAAAUUCACCAGUAGAUGGCGCAGCUGCCGUCUCGAAUUUAUGAAUCAACAGUCCAGUUGCAAACAAUAACAGUCAUGGGGAAGACGAAGACAGGAAAAACAGCAGUGGCGUUCAGUAUUCUUGCAUUUUUGUUUAUAUUCAUAUCAUUUGUGACGCCUUAUUGGCUGGAAACGGACGGAAAAUUGCAAAACCCGAAGUUCAUAAGAAUAGGGCUUUGGCAAGUAUGCUUCAAUGGCUUAGAAGAAAUACAUCAUUGGUAUGACCCAAAAUUUUAUGGCUGCUGGUGGGUCUUUGAAGAAGAGUACUACAUUAUUCAUGACCUGCUUUUGCCAGGAUUCUUUGUUGCUACACAGUUUUUCUUCACGCUGAGUUUUACAUUGUUGCUUAUUGCAAGUUUCCUAGUGGCCCUUUAUACUUGUUGCAGCAAAGAUCAUGACAGAUUUGUGCUGCUGUUGUUUGUGAUUGGUUCUGACAUGAUUCUUGCAGCUAUCUCUGGUACACUGGCAGUAAUAAUAUUUGGGGCAAGAGGAGAUGGUCGUGACUGGUUACCAAAUUGGGAACACAAUGAAAUCUCAUGGUCUUAUGCUCUGGCUGUGUUUGGUGUAGUAUUCCUAUAUUUAUCAGGAAUAUUAUUUCUUGUAGAAGGACGUGUCCAUCGCAAAAGACAGAAGCGGGAACGAGAGGCUGCACAGUCUGCGUAUCACAUGGAACCAAGGAAAGCUGCCCACACAGUAAUUUGAAAGCAUCUCAAAGCACAAAAUGUCUAUGACACUAAUGUAGCUGGACUACAUUAAGCAGCAAUUUUUUUAAACAAUUUUUUUUUCUUUUAUCAUCAAAAAGCUGGCAUCAGUCAAACCAAAACCAGCAGUGGGCUUUAUGUUGAUCUAGAAAACAUAACCAAUAUUUUGUUCACUAUUGGUUAUGUAAUUUAAACUACUUGUGGUCUUAUAAUUAUACAUCACUAGUAGAAAAAAAUUAUACAUAUAUUAUAUAAUAUUACAUACGCACAAACAUGUAUGAUGUCUGUAAUGUACACACUGUUGUGUACACUUUAUUGUCAAAGUUGUAUAAGAAGAAUUCUACUCAGGGUACUGUUCAGAAGUUGGUGCACAUCUCAUUUUAAUUUUUGUGUUUGGGAAUCAUAUUUGCAGGAUUUUUUAAGAGGAGUGUUUCAGAUUUUACAUAUAACUACUUUUCUUACUGUUGAGAUUGGAUCUACAAGUCCAUGUUAAGAUAGCUUUUAAACAGAUUAACUUGUAUUAAAAUACUAAAAAUGGAAUGAAUGUACAUGUAUGAAAGAAAGAAAUGGUAGCUAAGUAAUAACAGUGAUCUCUGAUUAGUUCAUACAUUUUUUGGGAUCAAAAACAAAUUGACAAAAGAAGACUACAUUAGCACUUAAAAUCACUGCAAAAUUUCUUAAAAUCACUGCAAAAUUUUCUAACAAAGUGAUAUACAAAGUUGAUGACUUGACUGCAGUGAAUUAUAUUGACCGAAGAGUGAAAGAAAGUAACAUGGCUGCAGAAAAGGUCUUAAGUUUUAGUGUGGCAGAUGAGGUUUCCAUCAUCAAUGUGUGUAUAAAUUCUGUGAAGAACACAUGGAGUUUACUGGCAUGCUUUUUUUUUUAUUUUCCAGCAGUACAAGACCUUAAUGAGUAAGCACAGUUUCAGUAUACUUCACCACCAAUGUAUUUUUCAUCAAAAACUAAUUUCAGUCUAAUGAAUAUGAAUUUGCUGCUGCCUGUUCCGUUAAGUAAAAUGUCUGUAAACUUUGAUAAAUGCAGCUUCUGUAAAACUAGUGACUCUAUUCUUUACUGAAUCUACUUUUUGGAAAACAGACACCAUUUAUUUUUUAUUUUAUGCAGUUUUGAAGAUUACAAUGCAGCAGCAACAUAAAAUUGAAGUACAGUCCCUGUGUGAAAUGAUCUCUUCUCCACUUUGAUUGGUAUAAAAUAAUGGGGGCAAUGAAUAUAUGUUGUGAUGUAAUUUGUUGUCUGAGCUUUGUAUGUAACCUAUUCCGUCCAUUUCAGUAUCAGUUAAGUAUAGAAGGUAAACAUUUGUAGUUUCUAUAAAAGAUGUGUACAGCACAAUUGUGUACUCAUUUUCCUAUAAUAUUUUUCAGUAAUAGCAUUGCCUUCAAGCAAGCUUUUUCUUGUAACAGUAUUAUUAAGUGAAUUGUAUAUAAACACAAACGCAAAAACGUUGAAGUGUUCUCACUAAGUGCACUUUUACCCAUUUCUUAACUUUCAUCCAAUCCCCUCUUUGAAAUAAAGAAAAUCAGCAAAGUAAUAUUGCUUCAUCAGUGUUGUGCAAGUAAUGUUCAAUGUGUCUUUGUAUGGUUCAGAAAAUUGAUGGUAUGUACAGGAUAUAUAUCAUUUACUUCUAAUAAAUCUAAAUUCUUUUUUACAGAAUUUAUAUAGUAAGUCUAUGUAAAAGAUAACUUUGAAGAUUUUUGCAAGUUUGAUACAUUUAUUUUGUACAUCGUUUUUACUUUGGCAGUGGAUACUGAUUUUCAGUGUUAAAAAUUCAGAUAGAAUCUCUAGCUGUAGUAGCAGACUGCCUUUAAAUAAUGGCAGAACCAUUUGCAGUUCAUUCAUUGUGAAAAACUACAUGUUUCACUGUGAUGAUGAAAGUUAGUAUUGCUAACCCCCCCCCCCCUCUCGCGCCAUUUUUCUUUCCUCUUCUACCCCUGUAUUAGCUCUCUCCCACUCAAACAGUUUUGCUCUUCUUUCAGAUCCACAGUCACUGCACCCACUAUUCACACAGGAAACAUGUUGAUUAUGCUUUUGCCACUAAGUUCUGGACAGCGAAAUAAUGAACACGGGGCAGCUUAUUGUAUUU